AUGUGUCUGUUGAGGGGAAAGAGGCACCAUCUGUGGGAGGUAGGGGGAGAUGGAGUUCAGCGCAGUUUGCUCGGCCAGGGCGAUGAUAGCGAGAACGGCGAGCUGGCGGCGCGGAAGCGGCGACUCAUGAUUGUGGUUGUUAUGCUGGUCGUCGUCGGCAUUGGAUACUCUAUCUUGGUCAUGGGAGGAGUCGAAGGGAGACGAGAGCGCAUUCCCGCGAGUUCGUGGAGGGGCUGUGGGGAAAGUCUGGUAGUGUGGGGUCGAGGACUGGCGACGAUUGAGGCCCGCCACGAUGGGUUUGCGACUCAUCGCCGAGUGAGAGCGGGAAUUUGCACGGCGCGGCCGAAGCCAAUCCGCACGAUCAGUGGCAAAGUUGCUGAGUUAUAUAGUCGCGGAGUCAUGGGAACUCUAGAUCACCAAAUAAGAAGGUAUAGAAUGCUGAAGUUGGAUGGGGAAGACCAGUUUUGUGCGGCGUUGGAGGAUGACGUUGCCGGUUCUAUCGAAAAUGCCAAGAUCGAAAAAUCUAAUCGUAUAGAUGGAACAUCGGAUAGCCGAUUGUCUCUUCUUCAGAGCAUCAUCAAGAAUAGUAAUACGAUCGUCAUCGUUAUCACCGUUACACAUUAUUCCAUGUUGCUCCAAGAACAGAAGGACGCGCAGUCCACGCCCCAAGAGACAGGAGCAGACUCUGAGGCAGGACCAGCACCACGUGAAGAGGACAUUGUUGACGAACCGCUACACACCCCGCCACCACAUAGAUUCCCCUCGCAAGAUCAAACAUCACAGCAAAGCCCUUUAUCACCGGAAGAAAUCGAAAUCGCAAGGCCAGAAGAUCUUUCCCACGUUGGAGGAGGACUCGACUCAGUACACUCAUCAGAAGAGCAACUAGAGCCACCGUACGAAUCCCUCUCUGAAGAAUCGGACGACGAUAGUGACGAGGAAUCAAACAUGGCAAACGCAAUGAAAGUCCCGGCGUUCUCAGGAGAGCCAACGGAGAACAUCGAAGUCUCAAUUAUGGCUGCGCGAAUUGCAGCAGAAAGCCUUGGCAAACGAUGGGGACCAGACACCACAGCCACAGACAAGAUGUUUGCGCGGGUUAUGAUGUUACAAGGUGCCCUCAAAGGAGCGGCGGCAACAUUUGGCUCAGACUUAUUAAACAGGAUACCCGAAAUAUCUUUCGACAAAUUCUGUCAAGAUCUCCGAAGUCGUUUCCCGCCAAUCCCAAGAAAGAUUGUCGAAAAGGACGCAAGACAGAAAGCGAUGACAAUGUCACAAGACAAAGGAGAGAAGGUUCAAGACUACCUUAGUCGAGCUCAAACCCUUUCGGCACACCUGACAGACUGGGAAAAGCAGGAAUAUCUCGGGGAUCAACUCAUUGAGGGCCUUAGCCAUGACCCCCUCAGAUUCGCUGUUCGAAGCGGGAUCAAUGCCGAGAAGAAAUCCAACCCGGACCUUACUGUCGACCUGCCAUUUAUAGUCAACUUUAUCACAAGCACUUUGGAUCUAAAGGACGCAACCCCGUCAGUAACAAAAGGGACCAAGAAGGAAAUUACUUGGCAAACCAUUGGCGCAGGUGCUACGGGUUUGAAUUCCGACGAAGACAAACUUGACACACUUAUCAAAGGGAUGAACGAGUUACGGGCACAGCAAUCGGUACUGGCUGAGAACCAGCGAAUUAUGUCACAACCUCGUCCGCGGCCCAAGGACCUCCUCGUCAAGGCUUUAAUGCGACCACCUACAUGGGAACAGCGCGAGUCAAACCGUCAAAAGGACCUCGACCAGAGAAACGCCUCAACCCAAGGACCUUCAGCAAAUGCAGCCACACCUGAUAGCCAAUAUGUCCACCCGUCCCGAAGACAAUUGAUGUCAACCGCACACCAUUCGGAGGAUGAACCACCACAGGAUGUUGCCCGUGGAUGGCAAAAGUACGAUCUGCCACUCUGUAUGGUAGACGGUGGAGCCUCGAUCAACAUCAUGUCUGAGGCAACCUGUCGCCAACUAGGCCUGGAAGUCGUCCAGCAGGAGAUGCUUGGCAUUAAGACAGCUAACAACACUUCCGAGCCAUGCUCGGGAUUUGUCCAGUUUGUCAUAAACACCUCAGGUGUGACACAAAAGAUAUCGGUGUAA